CUCAAUUUCCAGGAUACCGGGAAGGGGAGGCUCUUUUGGUUCCGGCAAUAUCCAAAGCUCCCAUCCCCUUGCGUGUCAUUUCAUCUUUUCCCGCUCGCUUUCGCUUCUCGCUCUGGACAUUAUCCUUCAUCCCUUACUCGAUGAAUUGCCUCUGCUUCAGGAUACCAUUUGGUCAUGCCAGCGGCGUGGGCUACGGGGGUAACGUACUGAUAAAUCAGGCUGCCUACCACUCGGGAGCGUGCAUGGCAGCCCGUCAGCAUGCGUAUUGUUGUGGUGGCCAUGAACAACAAUAUCAUCACGCCAUGGGCCAACCCUGUAUCGUCAAUAAUAUCAUACAGCCCAACGCAGCCCUUUCGGUAUCCAACUGCCUGGCGGAUUGGUGUCCAGCAUGCGUCCAGGCCUAUUCGUCCUAUCCCCUUGCCUAUAUGGAUGCGCGCAACCUGCCCCUUUACGGCCGGAGACCGGAGGAUUACCACCCCACCCCACCGCGAGGCUUCUACGUCGAUGCCAUACCUGGCUUAUUUGGAAUUGGGUCAAACGGUAUUCGAUGGAUGCUGCCUAAUACCCACCAGGCUCUUGCCACUGCCAACCGUGCCGUGGCUGCUGGAUGGGACAGGCGGCCAAGGUCAUGAGAUGUAUUCCACCUCCCUUUUUGCCCAAAAGCGACUGCCACUACGAGAGCCGAAUUGAAGGGUAAUUUUACGGCACUCGGUAGAAU